AGAAUACAUCUUUUUCUCUCUCUUCUCUCUCAUUGAUUCGAUCACCAGCACCGAUCAUGGCGAGCCUGUGGCGGGCGGCGAUGGGCUCGGCCCAAUCCAGCGAAAACUACGACGGAGUGGAGUUCUGGGUCAACCCGGAACGGUGCGGUUGGCUGAUGAAGCAAGGCGAGUACAUCAAGACUUGGCGGCGCCGCUGGUUCGUGUUGAAACAAGGAAAGCUUUUCUGGUUCAAGGAAUCCGACGUCAAUAGCGGUUCCAAGCCACGUGGAGUGAUCCCAGUGGCCAAUUGCCUUACAGUCAAAGGCGCGGAGGAUGUACUGAAUCGGCAAUUUGCCUUUGAAUUAUCCACUAGGUCAGAGACCAUGUACUUUAUAGCAGAUUCGGAGAAGGAAAAGGAGGAUUGGAUUAAUUCCAUUGGGCGUUCUAUUGUGCAGCACUCCAGAUCGGUCACUGAUAAUGAGAUUCUGGAUUAUGAUAGCCGGAAAUAAUGAGGUAUAAUCUGAUUGAAUACGUCAAAUUUUCCUCUCCUUCUUUUUUUUUUUUUUUAUUAAUUUGUAGUGGGUUGGAGGGAUCUGAACUUAAAGUCUUUAUGGAGGAAUUGGUUGUGUUGUGGUGUAUAUUAUGUCUUUUUAUUUUCUGUUUCUUUUCCUUUUCUUUUUUGGCUGAAAAGUGUAAGAAGAAGUACUCUUUUCGUUGUUAAUUGGAAUCUAUGAAUUCUGUAAAUUUGCAUUCUGCA